CCCUGGGACCAGCCAACUCUCAGUGUCGAGUGAGACUUGGUGGCGGGAGGACGUGUGCCGCGCCGCUCCCCUGGACUCUGCCUCCUUGCCUCCGAGUGCAGCACCCUCUGAGCUUGUGUUCCUUGGGUGGAUGGACGAUGGACUGAGUGGCCUCGGCGGGAAUCCAUGGAUGUAUCAGAGUGUUAACUGGAAAGUGAGACACGUGAACCGGAAGAUAAAUGCGCUUUUUUUCUGCUCUUAGUCACGAGGGAAAGUUUUGAGGAGUUUGUGAGGUGAAACACGAGAACCGCGACGCUGAGAGAGGGAGAGGGAGAGAGAUAGAGGAGAGGAGAGAGAGAAGGAUAUAGAGGGAUAGAAGGAGGGAAGCGAGAGAAAGAAAGGUAGAGAGAAAAAAAAGAAAAUUUCGUGUCGGUCGGUUUUCUGGUUUUGUGAAGGAACUUGAUUUCUGAAAGAUCCCAAUCACGAGUGUCGCACGUUGAUGAUCAUGGAUAUAAAGCAAUUACCGCGGAUCUCCAGUGUUUAUUAAUCUACAACACCUGUGCGAUGAAAGAGACGCGCAAAAGGAUGGGUGGGGAUGGGUCGGCCAGGUGGAGAGGAGCCGCCACCUCCUCCAUCACCACAACCACCCGACGCCACCCCCAUCGCCUCCACCACGCCCUGCUGGCCGUGGUGCUGCUCCUGGUCACCUCCGCCUCCACUUCUGAAGCAGGUCAGAGUUACCGCACCGCCUAUGCCUGCGAAGGAACGCAACUCAACAUCAACUGCAACUCGGGUAACGUGAUUGACGUGAUCCGCGCCAACUACGGCCGCUUCUCCAUCACCAUCUGCAACGCGCACGGCAAUACGGAGUGGUCGGUCAACUGCCAAAGCCCGAGAACCCGCCGCGUGCUGGCUGACAGCUGCUCAGGAAAGCAGUCUUGCUCCAUCGAGGCCAACACAGCCCGGUUUGGCGACGGUUGUCCUGGUACAUUCAAGUACUUGGAGGCCCAUUACCGGUGCAUGGCAGGUAAAACUAGUGCCACUUCUACCACCACCACCACACCCAGACCCCGGCCACCCUGGUUCACCGCCACGCGUCCACCCAUACGGAUUUUGCCAACCCACACCACCAACCACACCACUACAGCCCCCACCACGCCUCCGCCUAGCACCACCACCACCACCACGACCACUACCACCACAUCAACAACCUCCACCACGACCACCACAAGCACCACGCCCGCCACGGUGCCGCAUGUGGCUGAGGGUGAAGGCUCUGAGACAGACGAUCUGACAACUGUAGCUGACGGUGAAGUGCCCAGCCUUGGCCCGGCCUCAGUUACUCCAGCCUCCUCGUCCCCUGUCACCCCAAGCAGUUCGCCCGCCACUACCUCAUCCACUAACCAGGCUGCUCCUGUGGCUCCUCCUAACUAUGGUUCUGAUUAUGACAGUCCCUGGUGCCCCCCUACGUUCGGCCGCGGCUUACUUUGGAACUGGACCCGUGGCGGCGAAGUGGCAGUGCAGGCGUGCCCCGGCGGCGCUACAGGCUCUGCCCGCCGCCGUUGUCAGAUGGCGACAUGGGAGGCCACGGUGGAUCUGAGUGAGUGCCGCAGCUUGUGGCUGGCAACACUGGAGACUCGCGCCAACUCCCGUGAAUCUCUUCUUAGUGUUGCCACCGACUUGGCCAAAGUGACGGCUAGCAAGGCGCUUUAUGGCGGUGACCUUAUCACCACGGCACGGCUGCUCUCCACCCUCGCGCUCAAUAUGGCCAAGCAUGCCCACGCCUUCCCGGAUCCACGACAGCGACAGGCACUUGUCACAGAAAUGCUUCAGGCGACGCUGACCACAGGCUCCGCCCUCCUCAAGGCGGGCAUGACUGGUCCAUGGGGAGACUUAGGUGUCCGUGAGAGGCGCCACGCCGUCACUCAGCUGAUGGUAGCACUGGAGGAGGCUUCCUUCCUACUGGCUGACGUUCUGAUCGCAGGGACGCAGGAUGCUAUGUACCAGUCCCAUGUGCUGGUAUCGGCACGGUCGGUCCCGGCGGACGGUUCCUCAGUGGAAUUCCCUUCCUCACGGGACCAGUCUCUGGAGUGGGUGUUUGCCGACAGCAUCAGUCUCCCACCGGAGGCUGUACUGGAAAACAGUGACGGAGGCGCCACUCGUGUGGUAUUCCUCACUUAUCGUCACCUGGAAGAUCUUUUGGCACCAGGCCAAGAGCCCCUCGGUCACCGCUCCUCCAAUGUCACACGUCUGGUAAACUCAAGAGUAUUGUCAGCGUCAUUAGGCCGCGGCCGCCACAUUCAGUUACCAGAGCCAGUCACUCUGACCUUCUCUUUGCUGCGGCAGGAGAAUGUGACGAGACCCGUGUGUGCCUUCUGGGACUACACCACAUCGUUCUGGAGUGACGAGGGCUGCAGUGUUCUGGGCUACAACCGUUCCCACGUCACCUGCCAGUGUGACCAUCUGACCAGCUUCGCGGUACUGAUGGAGGAGGCGGCUGGCGGCGUCGGCGAGGAUCCUCAGGCGGCGCUGCGUAUCUUGGCGUACGUGGGCUGCGUGGUGAGCCUGGUUUGCGUGGCUGGCUCCCUGCUCGUGUUUUCUGUGUUCCGCGGCCUGGCAUCGCCCCGCACGGCCGUACAUCGCCACGUGUGUGUUUGCCUCACCGCCGCCGAGCUGGUGUUCAUGGUGGGUGUAUGGCGUACUGACGCCCCCGUGCUGUGCGGCGUGGUGGCUGGCAUCCUCCACUACUCCGUGCUCGCCGCCUUCGCCUGGAUGUUCAUGGAAGGAGUGCACGUGUACCUCAGUGUGGCUCGUGCUGUGGAGUGCGACUCUUUGCGGCUACGCUGGUGGCACUACAGUCUUGCCUAUGGCUUGCCUCUGUUGGUAGUGGCAGUAGCAGCUGUGGUGGACCCCUUCAGCUACGGCACAGAACAGUAUUGCUGGCUGCGGACCGAUAACUACUUUGUGUUCUCCUUGGUGGGCCCAGCUCUGCUCCUCCUGGCUGCCCAUGUGGCCCUUCUUGCUGCUGCCCUUAUCUAUACCUGCCGCCUCUCUCCUGAUGACGCCCUCAAGACCAAGGAAAUGGCCCGUCUUGACUCCACCAGCGGCGUGUACACCAACGCUCUGCAACACCGACUCUACUCUCGCCUGGCCUGGCUGAGAGGUGCCAUCACCCUGCUGCUCCUGAUGGUGUUGACAUGGACUCUGGGACUCCUCUUCCUUCACCGUCCAUCUUUGCCCAUCGCUGCUGCCUUCUGUGUCCUCAACGCUCUCCACGGCAUCUUCAUCUUCAUCUACUACUGCGUCAGGAACCAGAAGGUGCGGGAGUGGUGUCGGUCUGCGGCGGAACGUGAGGCUUGGCUCCCCCAGGCGGUGCGCGGGGUGUUUGCCGCCGAGAAGCAGACCUACAGCCCCAAUAACACCACCACCACCACCUCCUCCAACAACAAUCCCCACCACCACCACCACCACCUCCACCACCACCACCACCACCCUGCCAUCUCUCACGCCCUCAAUCACGCCCUCGCCUCCUCGCCUGCCCUCAACCAAUAUCUGCCAACUCUGUGUCAGCUCGGCGGGGUGAAGGGCCCCGGGGGCAGCACACACCCCCCCGCGGGCCCACUUCUGUCCGGGGCCACCUCCACGAUGGGCUCUGGGGGAUCCCUGCGACAGGGGGCAACCGGGCAUCUACCCCUCGGCACACUCCACCAGUCACUGCCUCGCCACCACCACCACCCGGUCACCCUCCCACACACCACCACCACCACCACCACCACCAGCCCUCAUCCCGGCACCCUUAAUCAAGAGGACAAGGAAGGUACCUACAAGAACUCAUUCUCCAAGGACUCUGGGCACGGAACAUAUGAGCAGGAGGACUCGCCACGCUCUGGCUGGAACAAUCACCACAACCACCACAACCACCACGGCCACCACCGCUACUCCAACUCCCUCACAGCAGACCUGAAGAAUGCCUACCUGGCCAAGCUGAACAGUAUCAAUGCAUCAGCUGGUCUGGAUGGGGGACUCACCUUUCCCAGCAUGGAGGGAGGCAACAAGCAGAUAUCGGUUCCUAACAGCUACACCACACAGCUCUCCCCUGCCCAAGUGCCACCGGCCAUGGCUGCUGUGUUGAGGGGCAAUGGCAACACAGCUCGCUCUCACUCGCCCUGGAACCACACCUACAUGGAGAUAGAGACAGAAGCUGAUCCAGUAUAUGAGGAGAUAGAGCGGGAGCGGUGGGCUGGCCGCUCAGCAGGCCUGGGUGUCCCACCUGCUGGCCAGGAGGCAAUGCAGGUUUCGGAUCUCUCAGACGAGGAUGUGAAGCGCGGGACCCCCAGUGACGUGAGCCGUCAGUCCUCCCGUAGCUAUGGUGAUGCCAGGCCACUGCUGCCCUACCACCAUCAUUCUUCUCCAGGACAUCACUAUCCCAAAAGCCCUCAGGAUGCCCAGUUUGCACUUAGCGAAGAGAGGUUACGGGAUUUCAAUGCUGCGCAAAUGAGCCGGGACCUCGAGCAGCUGCAGCAGGCCCACCAGCAGUUCUCACGGGAAAACUUGAUGACAGUGGCAGUGCUAAAUGGAGAGCAAGUGGUGUGUCGCCUCACCUCGCCCUCCAACCCACAGGCACCCCAGAGCCUGCCAGUGAUUCAUGAGGGUGGUGGCCGUGGCAUGGUGGUCACCCAAGCCAACUCCUCGGCCAACGGCUACCCUGCUCACCUGGUGGUGUCCCGGCCCAGCCACUACAACCCUCAGCAGUUUAGCGAGUGUUAGGCACAUCAAAUUGAGUGCUGGUGACUCACCUUUUUCUCUUAAUGGCAUGUUUGAGUAAUAAGCCAUGAACUUUGUUAAAUUCUGCCUAUAAAGCCAGUGACCUUUGGAACAGUCCUCCUUCACCACUGACUAGACUCUGGCAGGGUAGUCUGCAUGGUGCAAGGCAUUUUAUCCUAUAUUCCAUCUUAGUUACAAGUGGAGCUUACUUGCAUCUGCAGCAGGAAGGGACUGCCGCAAUGGUGCACUUUCGCAGUUGUGUUUGUGACAAGACGAGCUACUAGCAGCUAAGAUACCUAGUCGAUGUAUGUUUAUUUAUUGGUCUCAUUUUUUUGUGUGUGUGCGCAUGUGUGGCGCAGGACUUGGACAGGUCUGUGGAGUAGUGUUGAAGUCAAUGUGAUUUUAUUUGUGUAAGAAUCAAUAUGUUUAGUUGAGUGUGGUACAUUCCAAGAUACUUUACUUUUUUUUUCCUACUUUUAUUCUCCUUUUAUUUCCUUCCAGCCUCAGUGCCACAGAGCUCUCAACUUCGCUUCAGAAUCACACUGAUAAACUUGAAUGGCUAAUAGAGGAAGUGCCUUUUUUGGUCUGAGGAUUGUGUACAUGUAUAAAGGAAUAAUUGGAUGUAUAUACUGAUGUACAUAGAUAUAUUUAUAUGUACGUUUUCUUAAUGAAAAGCCAAAGCUUCUAGAUGUAGAAGAAUAUUCAUGAGUCAUUUCCAACAGGCCUUUUCUUUGCUUAGUGGAAGAGAAACACUGAUAAGUUUCCUAUUAAGUAAAACCUUCACCAGCAGCAGUUCUGGGGUGACUACUGGCAGGCACCCUUGGGUCAGUGUCACACUUGGGUCAGUGCCACACUCAGGUCAGUGCUGCCCAUGCUUGGGUCAGCUCAGUGCCACCCACACUUCACUAGGGCUUGUAACUGCCCUUCCAUUGGUGCCUCUUUUUUUGCUACAGUCAGUGCUGGCGUCAGAGUCAGCCUGCUGCCUCCACAGUGUGUCUUCUGGGGUCAGCUGUGGCAUGGGGACAGUGUCACUCAGUCCAGGGUCAUCCUGUUCACAUUGUAAGAUUAACAGUACACCAGGUCCUCGAUUUCUGCUGUUUGUUCUUGCGCUGUUUAUGUAACCUUUCCAGGAACGUGUAUCUGACAACCUACUCUAAUGAGGAUAUGUUCCCGGGGGCUCUCAUGGCCUGUGGUUUGCCGGAAAGCAGCUAAACGGCACAAACAUGAACCACCCAACUCGAGGAAUUCAUUUGCUGUAUAUUGUAGAUCCUGUGACGAAUGGACACUGUUAGGCACUAGCCGGCUGACACUAGCUUAACCAGCCCCUGGGACUCGCUUCUGCCACCAUCUCUUCUCUAACUUGUGAGCUGUGAUACGUUGAAUAGAUAAUCAGUGUAAAAUAUGACAAUAAAAUGUUUAAAUGAU